AAGAAAUGUCACAGUGUUCGUAGUACAUUGGCGUCAGAGUAGGGAGUCUGGUCCCGGGCAAGAUAGCAAGACAUCCUCCUCCGGUCCCCCACGACCAGUCACAGUACGGGUGCGGCGCCGGCCAGACUGGUCGCCAGUUGUUGUGUGUUUGUGUCGUACAACUGUUGUGAUUUACCGUGUGACACAGCCAACAAAGUCCUUCUAAUACUCCAGUGCCUUCAUCUUCAUUCUCAAUAUCAGAUGUACUACUGACGUCAAUAAGAUGUGGAUCAGUCACCCUCGACAUCCGUGUUGGCGAUGGUGGUGGAUGACAUUGGUGGUGACGGCUCUUCAAGUGAUAACUCCAAUAUAUUGUCAAGGAUGCACCACUUCAGAACUAUUUGGUGUUCGCAUGGUGAUCUGUGUAGGCCCCGUCACAGACUACUGGUGGCCUGGGCAAGACAUCAGUGAGAUCACUCUGCAGCUGCCCGGAAGAAACAAGACGAUACAAGUUAAUUCAUCUCACCAUCAACAGUGGCACAAAGUUACAGUCACCGCUGAUGGUGUAAUGAAGGACAAGGCGGCCACCAGGUCCGGCAAGACCUACUCCUUAACAAUACCAACACUCAGUGUAGCAGAAGUAAUUGAUUGUACAGAUAAAACCAAAACUGACUUGAGAGUUACUAGUAACGAGAAGAUGUUCUGGAGAACUAACUGUACAAACAUUCCGUCUGGUAAGUUCUCCACAUUUUGUUUAUUAACGUUUAGCGAAAACUUUAAAAAACUUAAAUACACUUGA